GCUCAUGCAUUGUGCUACUUGCCUUGGUUGAGAAAUUUUUGCUUCCUGCACCGAUACAUUACACAUCCAGAAACAAGUUGAGAGAAAGAAAGAGGGUUCGCUCGCUGUGAAAGCAAGGACAUUGACAGUAAUGUUACCAUCUAGUACAACCAAAAUAAUAGUUAUUCUAUAGAGGAGAAGGAUUAACUUUCGAUUGCACGGACGAACAUUUUACGCAUUCACUAGCCAAACUGUUCACGCACACCGCAGGUUUUGCAACGAAGAGGCAGAGGGAACAGAAGACAGGCUAUUAAACCCGUUCGUUUGAAACCCUUUUAGCUAACAUACCUCCGUGAUGUCGGAGCGAGGAGGGCUCCCGCGGACUGGAGGUGCCCCCUCCCCGCACGUGCAGCCCUCCAAACCGGUCACGAUCACCUCGAAUCGCCCGGUCCACAUGAACCUCUACGCCACCUGGGAAGUGGACCGCUCUUCGCCAAGCUGUGUUCCGAGGCUGUUCAACCUGACGCUGAAGAAGCUGAUCAUGUUGAAGGAGCUUGAUAAAGACCUCACCUCCGUGGUCAUCGCUGUCAAACUACAAGGUUCUAAGAGGAUCCUGAGGUCCAAUGAGAUAUUGUUGUCUUCCGCGGGGCUGACUGAGACAGACCUUCAGCUCACCUUCUCUUUACAGUACCCCCACUUCCUGAAGAGAGAUGCCAACCAGCUCCAGAUCAUGCUCCAGCGGCGUAAACGUUAUAAGAACCGAACCAUCCUGGGAUACAAGACCCUGGCUCUGGGACUCAUCAACAUGGCUGAGGUGAUGCAGCACCCCAGUGAGGGGGCCCAGGUGUUGGGGCUCCACAGCCAGUUGAAGGAGGCCUCUGUACCCGUGGCAGAGGUCAGAGUCUACUCCCUCUCCAGCCAGCCCAUCGACCACGAGGGACCCAAGGCCAAGAUGUCUGAUCGUUCUCCAGACAUUGAUAACUAUUCUGAGGAAGAGGAGGAGAGCUUCUCAUCAGAACAGGAGGGCAGUGACGACCACGGCCACUAUCUGUAUGAUGAAGAGGAUGAGGUGAGGAAGAAAAAGCCUAGACGGAAGCUCACAUCCAACGCCUCCAUCACUAGACAACCCAACAUCAAGCAGAAGUUUGUGGCCCUGCUGAAAAGAUUCAAAGUUUCUGAUGAGGUGGGUUUUGGUCUGGAGCAUGUCUCUAGAGAACAGAUCCAGGAAGUGGAGGAGGAUUUAGAUGAGCUGUAUGACAGUCUGGAGAUGUACAACCCCUCUGACAGCGGACCAGAGAUGGAGGAGACGGACAGCAUCCUCAGCACACCCAAACCUAAACUCAGGCCGUUCUUUGAGGGGAUGUCUCAGUCCAGCUCUCAGACAGAGAUCACCAGUCUGAACAGCAGAGGGGGGAGCCUGGGACGAGACGCCUGCUUCAACCCUCAGGGGGAGCAGAUGAAACACUCUCACAGUCGUAACCUGGAGGUAGAGGCCCUCUCUGAGACAGACACACUGGAGUUGAACGAUCAGGAGAUGUUUCCAGAGGGCCCCUGCAUUAAGGUGUCGGUGGCUGAGAAACCCUGUACGCCCCUGAAGAGCAGUAAGAGUGAAGGAGGACAGACUAUGCCCUCCCCCAGGUUGGACGGCGGAGGCCACACCCCCAAACAGAAGAGACAGAGCAAUACUCCUAUGAAGGAGAGGCAGCUGUCUAAACCAAUCAGUGAAGGGGCGAAGACCAACAUCUCUGACAGCGAGAGGUCCCCUGAACUGGGACACAGCUCACAGGUCCUGAGGAAGGCGGUGUAUGAUCAGCUAAACCAUGUCCUGCUGUCUGACUCUGCUCUUCCUGAGAGUCUCAUCCUGGUCAAUGGCACCGACUGGCAGGGCCAGUACGUGGUAGAGCAGCUGCAGGUACAGAGGCACCCGGUGGUGUGUACGUGUUCAGGAGCUGAGAUCCAGGCGGUGCUCUCUGCUGUCCUCACACGCAUCCAGAAGUUUUGUAACUGUAACUCGUCCAUGCCCAGGCCAGUCAAGGUGGCAGUGGUGGGCAGUCAGAGCUACCUCAGUGCCAUCCUGCAGUUCUUCGUCACCCAGCUGGCCAGCAAGACCUCUGAUUGGCUCAGCCACCUGAGGUUCCUGGUGGUGCCCCUAGGCUGUCAUCCUGUUGCUAAGCACCUGGGUGCCCUAGACAACCGUUACAGCUCUGCAUUCUUAGAUGGGGCGUGGGGAGAUGUGUUCAUCCACUCUGAACCUCCACAGAAAGUCCAGUUGGACGUGGCAGGUAGGAUCUCUCAGUACAUCAGCGGCGCCACAGUCACACACCAGCUGCCCAUCGCUGAGGCCAUGCUUACCUGUAAACACAGGACGCACGAUGAAGAUUCCUACCAGAAGUUCAUUCCCUUCAUUGGGGUGGUGAAGGUUGGUCUGAUUGAGCCUGGUCCAUCCUCUACUGGUUGCCUAGUAGACACAGAAGAGGGUGUGGCAGUGAGCCUUGCUGUUCCCUCUACGUCCCCUCCCUCCCACGGCUCUCCCGCUGGGCUGAUCAAAGAGGCUGCCACUCCCCCCUCCUCUCCUUCCAUGGGCAGUGUUCUGGCAGUACAGGGGAGCCCCAGUAUGCCUCAUGGUGUGGACACCAUCGGGCUGCAGGUGGACUACUGGCUGGCGUCGCUGGCGGAGAAGCGACGUGACGGGGAACGGCGUGACACAGGCGGUAAGAACACCCUGAAGAGUGCCUUCAGGUCCCUGCAGGUCAGCAGGCUACCAGGAGGGGGCAUCAGUGAGACCCAGGCCCAGGUCAGCACCAUGGCCAUGACGGUGGUCACCAAGGAGAAGAACAAGAAGGUUCCCACCAUCUUCCUGGGUAAGAAACCUAAGGAGAAAGACGUAGACUCUAAGAGCCAGGUCAUCGAGGCCAUCAGCAGACUCAUCUGUUCUGCCAAGCAGCAUCAUACCAUGUUGAAAGUGUCCAUAGACGGAGUGGAGUGGAACGACGUCAAGUUCUUCCAACUGGCUGCCCAGUGGCCCACGCACGUCAAGUACUUCCCUGUUGGACUGUUUGGUUACAGCAAACCCCCCUCCUAGGGUCCACCCUUUACCCCUCCCCCUUGGCCCCCUUGCCUCACCUAGUCCCGUCCCACCUACGCACACAGACCCCGCCUCUCAGAACGCCAUGGCACUUGUAUUGGUCAAUCACGAUGGAGGGUUGAGGGGCUGGCCGUUUUUUCUAUAUUUGUCUUAUUUCUCUAUAAGGAGGGAGAGAAAGAGGGAGGGAGGGAGGGAAGGGGUGGAACGCUACUUGUCACUUUAAUGAAUUAAAAUGCCCAUCUCUCCCAAUAUGGUGUGUGUAUGAGAGGAACACAGCACAAGAUAACUAACUGCCGUUCAACUAACCGUAACGAUGAGAUGCAACCCCACGAAUAACUCCCAUUAUGAACCCUUGACCCCUGACCAGGUCAUUCUCUUAUCACAUUGAACCUGCCAACGGUCAGUCCGUGCUCUAACCCAGACCUGCAUGCUGUAAACUCCACCAUCCACGUGCCAGUUAUAACAAGAACAUCAUAUUGUGUUAACAGUAAUGACAUGGUUAUUAUGGGGUAUGGAGGGGAACGCUGCAUGAAAAAUGGAACAAACAACAGACAACUACAGUAGCAAUGCUUUUCCUGCUCCCUAAAUACAAGAAAAAGCUUUUUUCUCACCAAUGAUAUACGUUGAUAUGAUAUGAAGAGUAAAAAAUGGAAACGUUCCGCUUUGGUGUUGUAACAACAUUGUCACUUUCUGUGAACAGCACAGUCUAGUCCAGUCCAGUCCAGUCUAGUCCAGUCCAGUCCAGUCUAGUCCAGUCCAGUCCAGUCCUCCAAAUUCAGAGCUCACUGUUUGUCCAAACUUUACUGCUGUCUGUAAGGCUUGUCCCUUUAUCAAUCAGUUAUUGUUGCCAGCAUUGCUCUCUUGAUUUGAUUAAAUGGCGAUGUGUUCUAAGCAACACACUAGUCCUCUUGGCAUCUAAAAUGAGUGCUGACCAGUCGUGAGUAACUUAGCGCUGUGUCACCUGAACUGUAACCCUAACCCCACCUGUGCAGUGUAAAGUAUUAUGACCAAUGUCAAGUAUUACGAUGCCAUUGUGUCCAAUUUUGCUGUUAUUAUUAUGAUUUUCAUGGUAACUUGGAGGUAGAAGGUUUCUCAGCAGUGACGUCAACAUCUCGUGUAACUAACUCAAUAUCUGGCCCUGUUCUCUUUUGGGGAGGGGGGGGGGGCUCCAAGGGCUUCAAACUCACUGAGAAUGAAUACGCAGCUAUGCAUGUUCCACAAAUAAGUCUGAAUGAUAGCAUGCAAAGUACGAGUACGAGGAUGCAUUUCCAACAAUCAUUGGAGAUAUCCCCUGAACUUCAUUUGAAUGCAGAUAAUAUUCAUUGAUUGCGUCUUCGUUUAUUUGAUCUCACUGUCGUCAGAAGCUUCAUUAUUUAGGAACAUCCAUUUUGGAAGUUUUCAACCUAUUUUAUCAGUGAAUGUCUCAUUUAAUUCGAGAGAAAAAAAUUGAUAGCAGGAGAGAUAGUUGACUGUUAAUUUACAAAUGAAACACUUUUUAUAGCCCAGAACCAGCUGUUACUUCACUAGAGCAUUUUCUGUUGUUCUUGAACACAAACGCACCAUAAUAAUCUCUCUCCAAACUCCAUAGUCAGUUGACUUUGUAACCUGUGAGCUUGGAUACUUUGUGCAGCUUCCCUUGUGAGUACCAAAGAGAGAUAUGGCCAGGGCAGUGGCACUAUUGAAAGCAGACCAUCAAACUCUGCUGCUCUUAUCACAUGUCACUGCCCACCAGCCAAGGGCUAGACCCAGACCCAUAUCUUCAUCUGGACUUGGACUCUCAUCUUUUAACUGAGACUGUAUCUAUGUAUGUUAUGUACAUGGUUGUAUCUAUGGGAGGGGCGUAUGAUGUGUAGAUGUGUCUCCUUAACCACAGAUCUAGGAUCAGAUUACCCUGCCCACCAGUCAGAACCAUAAUCAUUAGGGGAGUUAAAAUUACCUGACCCUGAAUCAGUCGUUAUGGGCGACAUCUACUGCCAGAGCUCCAACUGCUCUUUGCCUUGUAGCGUGUUAUUAGCAUAAUAAGGAGUGUAAGAUAUGAUUCUAUUUGAACUGCUUUCUCUUCAUAGGGGAAUCGUAAGUAUUCAACGAAAGGGACAAAAAAAAAAUCACUGCCAAAAAUGUCUGUUACAUGGAUAUAACAGCCAAGCUGACGAGAGGGUGUAGAUAUAGGUGUUCAGUGUUUUUGGUGACAACAACAAAACAAAACUUUAAAUAAUGAUUCUUGUUCCAAAAUAAUUUAUUUCAAUGUUAGAAAAAGAUUCUGUUACCAUGAUACAUUCCACUGUUUUACUCUGUCUCUCCUCUCCCCCUGUUCACAGUUCAGUCCCUGUCUUUCACCGGUCUCACCGUUUACAUGUUGUUUGUUGUUUUUCCUACCUUCUCUAGGCCUAUUCUUCCUGUGUGACUGUCGUCUCUAACUUUACCUGCUGUGUGUUAACCUGUGUCUCUAGCUGUACUUACCUGUGGUUGCUGUGAUGGUCUUCAUGACUAACAUAUAGGGACAGGGUUGUGACUAAAGGGAGUAUAGUCUACGACCGGAAGUUACUUUUUGUAGCAGGUUAGGAGAAACAUUUUGCUAAUCCUAACCUUUUUCCUAACCUUAACCUAAGUAUCCUAAUCUGCCACUUUAAUUAUCCUAACGUGCUGUGUAUUUCUCCUAACCUAACCUAACCUGCUACGAAAAAGUAAGCUUCUGGUCUUAGCUGUACUCCCUCCAGUCAGAACCUAGGGACAGCAGUUAUUCCUGACCAUGUGACUUAGAACAACUCUGGGCCCUGGUUAUAGUCUAUACCAGAGACGGAAGAGGAAGCAAGACAUCCCGCUCCCUAUUUUUUCUGGUUCAUAUGCAGUCAAUUAACUAAGUAGACCAGACCCAGCUUCUAUCACAUAAGAUAUCUUCAUUUAUCUACCGUCUUUGGUUUAAACCUAUAACCAGGGCCCAGCCUUCCUGAUCAGGUCACAUGAUCCUGAAAAACACCUGUCCCUAGUGAAGGGGAAGAACAAUAUGAUCUAUUAAUAAAUCCCUUUAAUGAUCAAUAAUCUCCUUCCUCUCCUCUAUCAUCACAAUGUGUUUCAGAACAAAUGGAGUGAGAGAUCUAGAACAAACCAUAAGAUCUAGAGUCUCUGCCAGGAUUCCAGAAGCUUUGCUUCUAGUAGAACCCAUUUGAAAGGAUCUCCCUGCUUGUAGCAUAGCAGCCUAUCACAGAAGGGAAUCGUUUUUUGUAUAACACUGCAUAGACCAUAGUUAUGCUUGGUAGCUAGUAGUUUGAGGGGAGGAUUCUAACGCUUGUGGAUUUGGAGAGUAUUUUUGCACAUGCCAUUGUUUCUUCAGCAGCUUUUUUGCCUUUUGCCUAUAAACAAUAAUAAUGCUUGUACAUACAAAACAAAUGUACUUCUGUAAUGUAUCUUAGUCCUUGUUUUUUAUUUGAUCUUUUGUAGUACUGCUUUUUUAUGUUUAUGUUGUGCGAUGGAAAAGUGGAACUGUUCAUUGUUUUGGUUUUUAAAUAAAUACUCCUGAUUUGUA